UUUGAUUGAAGAUUCUAUACACAUCGCAUUGUUUACAUAUUAAGAUUGAAGAUUGCUCCCUCCGAUUCUCUCUGUUAUAUAUUUAACACUAUUAUUUUAAACUAAGGUUCGUAUACGUCUAAUGGACUAUACAUUAAAAAUUUACGACAUGUUUAGAUAAUUCUACUUUUAAUAUUUUUCCAAUUAUUUAUUGUUAUCUAGAUAUUUUAUUGGGUGAAAAGAAGAUAUUUUCAUAAAUAGUUUUACCAUGGGUCUAUAAAUAAAGAUAAAGAAGCCCUGACCAAGUACAUCACACUCGACACCCUUCAUUGGUAAAUCAGCAAAUAAAAAAGCAAGAAAAAGAUGUGGGAUGAAACUGUUGCUGGACCUAAGCCGGAGCAUGGCCUUGGCCGUCUCCGCAAUAAGAUCACCGCUCAACCCAUAGAGAUCAAAGGUGUAGGAGAAGGGAGCAGCAGUAAGACUGUGCCGGCGGCGGGGAGUCCAGGAACUCCGACGACGCCAGGGUCUGCGCGUAAGGAGAACGUGUGGAGGAGUGUGUUCCAUCCAGGAAGUAAUAUAGCCACCAGAGGAAUGGGCACUAACCUCUUUGAUAAGCCUUCUCACCCAAACUCUCCCACCGUAUACGACUGGCUGUACAGCGACGAUACCAGAAGCAAGCACCGUUGAAGCGAGAGGAUGGAGUGACAUGCUGGUGAUGUAAAAAUGUGUCUGUUUUUCUUGUUUUUUUGCUGUAUUCGCAACUUUUUUCUUUAUUUCUUGUUGUUGUGACCGUUUGAUCUCCAUUAUCUGUGAUGGUUUUAACGGUGGAGAUGCUUCCUCUUGUCUUUGUAAUGUUUCUACUGUUUGGUAAUUGAUAUAUUUAACUUUUAGCUUCUAA